AACAGGGAGACCAUUUUGUUCCUCAUUUAGUUUAGCGCCUGACAAAGUGUGAAUAGAGUCAUAACGAGCCAGUUUAAAAGACGAUCCAUCCUGACUCAUCCUGACUCACUUUGACGCCUAAACUAUCGCAUAUAUAUUAUUGAGAGGAAACAAGUAAUUAGGAAGACUAUCUCCAUCUCCUUGUUUGGCUAUACACGACAAGAUGUCUGGAAAUGGCACCCCACCUAUCAACUCGGCUCAGAGACCCGUCUCCAAAACGGAGACCUCAAAUCCAAGAGAGUUUCAAAUCAAUCAAAUCAGACGGCGCUUUCGACCCACAGAAAGCCCUGACGACUCGGGAACUACUCUAUCCUUUGGACUCGUUCCUUCAGAUCCAGACUUUCCUUUUGAGCUACAACGAUUACAAUGCGUUUUAUCCGUUCCCCUCUCAUAUCCUGCUCGCGGCAGGCCUUCCUUGAAAGUUGUAAACCCUGAAAUGGGUGCCGAUUUCCAAGAUAACGUCGCAAGAGGAUUUGACGAUAUUGUCGAUAGCUCGCUACGGAUGAAUGGGCGUGGUACAUUACUGAACUGGAUGAAUAGUCUAGAUCGGCACCUGGAGCGUUUAUUAACGACGGUGGAGAGAGCCCCAACGCUGAAGUUUGUUCCAAACGCUGCUCGAAGGGACGAGGUUGCGAGCCAGACCCUCGUCAAGAAUUUGAACUCGUUAUCAGUCUCUUAUGGGAAUACACGGCGCACAGAUCCUGUUCUACCAUCCCCUGCUGAGAUACGUCCGGCGUAUACACUGGAGGAAAAGUCUCAAGCGGAGAAGCGGAGAGCCCUGGAAACAAAGCAAAUUGAAGCACGACUUGGCCGACUGCCGCUGUUUCAAAAGGCCAGAGAUGGCCUUUCAUUUAUUGUGCCCAUUCAACCAACCAAAGUCGACCGACUUCCGAUAUCAGUUCAGGCUGCUAAGACUGUGAAGCUUUCAGUGCCAGCAUUAUACCCUCUGGAGCAAAGUUCCAUUCACCUACAAGGUGUGGAAGGCGUGGAGGCCCGCGCAGUUGAACUUGGAUUUACCCAAUGGCUGAAAGAUCACCUUCAAUUAAACCUGGUGUCACAGGUAAAUUAUCUGGCGAACAACAUGCACAACUUUGCAAAGACGCCCGUUGAAGCGGUUCCUAGCGUACCGCAGGACCUUGAACCAUCAGAGCCCCUUCCAUUCGAAGAGUCGCAACCGUCCAAUGAAGGGGAUUCUCCGAGUUUGGCCGACAAACCUCACGUUCAUGUCGUCCCUCGACCUCCAGAGUGGACUGUAGGCGAAGUUUCGAGCGGCAGUGAUGAGACCGAUAUAUCCUCGACUGAGGACGACUUUUCCGGUGAGGACGAGGAUGACGGUGGAGCACCUGUGCCGAGUCUACCUGAACCCACCGCUGAAUACGGCGUUGCCGUUUCCUUGCCGUUUUUGGAGCUCUAUGGGAUUGAGCUCCUUGAGCUUGUGGGCUUGUAUAUUACUAUCAAAUGUGAUAGAUGCAAGGAGCCUGUGGAUGUGAGGAAUAUCCCCCAAACUAAAGACAGCAGUGGCGCGUUGUCUCCUAAGGUUGAAACUUGCAAGAAAUGUUCAAAUUCGAUGAGUAUUGGAUUCCGUCGACUUUUGAUGCACCCCAACGCCAAUCGUGCGGGUUACUUGGAUUUGGAUGGCUGUACGGUUGUAGACCUUUUACCUAGUGGCUUUAUCCCAACUUGUGCGGAGUGUUCGACCUCAUUCCCUGCGCCUGGCGUUGUUGCUGUGCGUGGAGAGAGCGCAAUGGCUAACUGCCGCCAAUGCCACCGUAAAAUGGUAUUCAAGAUCCCCGAGGUGAAAUUCCUCAAGGUAGGAUCUGCAGCAUUUACAUCUCGGGAACGCGCACCAGUCCGAAGAAAGGAGGUUCUAGGAAUUGUAGCCGGCCAGGAACUACCCAAGCGUGGACGCUGCACGCACUACGGUAAAAGCUAUCGUUGGUUUAGAUUUAGUUGCUGCUCUAAAGUCUUUCCCUGUGACAAAUGCCAUGACGCAGCUACAGACCAUCCGAACGAGCACGCUAAUCGGAUGAUUUGUGGUUUCUGCUCCCGAGAGCAAAUAUACAGACCAGAAAACUGCGGGAUCUGCCGUGCGUAUCUCACCGGCAAGGCCGGGAGUGGAUUCUGGGAAGGAGGAAAGGGAACCCGGAAUAAGGUCCUGAUGAGUCGAAAGGACCCGCGCAAGUAUAAGCGACGAGGAGGGACAACUCCUGGUGGCUCUAGCUCUUCGAAGACGAAGUAGCCCGCGGCCUCUGGCGCAGCAAGGAAGUGCUGAUAAAGGAAGGAAAUCCAGCCACGUCGCUAUUUCUAUAGUUUUACAUAGUUAGAACCUAGGGAAAUUAACGAAAUCGGCCCCUUAUAGUAAAACUAUGGCUAUCGUAAUCAUUUCGUAGCUAAAGAAUUAACUCAACAACGAGAGCAAGUCCAAUGGAUUUUAAACUCAUACAAGGCUGAGAAGAAUUCCAAAAUCAAAGUUAAGUACUAUGUAAAGUACAAAGUACAGAGUACAAAAGAAGGGUCAUUACCGUCGUCGUUGCUACAAUGCCGAAGCC